AUGCAUCCAAAAUUGUUUGCUGUUUUUGUCCUCUCUCUCUCUCUUUCUCACUCUCUGUGUCUCUUUCUUUCUCUCUCUUUCUUUCUCUCUGAUUCUCUAUCUCUUUCUUUCACUCUCUUUCUCUCUCUCGCUCUCUCUCUCUUUCUCUCUUUCUCUCUCUCUCUCUUUAGCUUUUUCAUUAAUUUCUCCCACCUUUCCAUUUUUCUUCUCACUUCUCUCCUUCAUUUCUAUUUUCUUCCCCUCUACUUUUCCUCUCUUUCACUCUCUAUUUCCUUAUGCUCAUUAUUUCCUUCUUGCCGCUUUUUUCUUUCCACCGCACGUUCUUUUCUUCUCCCCCUCUCUUUUUUCUAUCUUUCUCUCCCUCCCUCUCUAUCUUUUUCUCUCUCUCUCUCACACACACCUACUCAUUUCACAUACCUCCCCUGUUUUAGUACUUCUCCUUUCUUCCUCUUUUAUGAUCCGCUUCCUCUGAGGUCGCAAAGUAUUCGAUCCAUUCAUACAACAACAAAGCCUCUUUAUUUGAAUUUAUAUUCUACCUGCCCACUGGUUGCUUUCAUUCUCUCUCUCUCUCCUUUUAAUUCUCUCUCUCUCUCUCUCUCUCUCUCUCUCUCUCUUUCCCUUUUUUUUUCCUCCUGCUUUCCCACUCGAAAUUUCACUCAACCACACUGUGUGAGGCGCCGUACCAUUUUUAUGGAUCCUACCGACAAUAAAAAUGGUAAACCCCCAGGAUAA